AUGCCUGUUCGGCGGGGACACGUGGCUCCUCAGAACACUUUUCUGGAUACAAUCAUCCGAAAAUUCGAAGGACAGAGUAAGAACUUUUUUUCAAUAUUGAGUCAUUUUGGGGAACCAUGCUGUGGUUUGGAAUUCAAUGCAAACCGUCUCUUUCGAUUUUCUAAAUGCUUAUUUAGAUGCAAUUUGUCCCGAUUAAAAUGAAAAUACUAGGCUAUUAUUUUAGGUAAUCUGCCUGUUCAUUAGAGUUCAUAGGUUUCAUGAGAUGUUACCACUUUCUAUUAUGUAGUAUUAUGAUUGUCCUGUAAAAAGUAGCGUAUAGUCUAUGCAAAAUUAUUAGCCUUGAUAUGACUUUUCAAAUAUUUAACCAAAUAAUAUAAGUGAAGAUUAAAGACAUGUACAGUAUGCCACACAUUUGAUUGUGUAAUCUCAGGGGUCUGAUUUGCCAUUGUAAUUCUGUUUCCCUUCUUAGUAUUAUAAUUGUACACACAUAGCCUAAUGAUGAAGUCAGAUGGAAAGGCAAGGCUACAUUUCUACUUGACAUUUACUGGGAGACCAAUAUUUCAAGUGGACAUAAAUAGGGCAGCAGUGUCUGUCAGAGCAUAACUAUGGUUUAUAUCAUAGCGGGAUCAGAAGAACCCAAGCUGCAUUUCUAAGCAGGAUGGGAGAGAGUAAAGCAGCUACAUUUCAAUAACUGAAGUCAAUCACUGAAUGUUUCCUUCUGGGGACAUAUUUUGAACCAAAAUGUCAUCUACUUGUUUUUCUAAGGCUCUAAACAGUUUAUAGUUUUUAUAUAAACAACAAGUUUAGUAGUUGAAUGUGAAACAGACUUGCACCUUACAGAUUCUCCCAUCUUAGUUAUCUUGCAGGGUUACAUGCCUUGGUGUAGAUCACUGAUAUGGCAUGUGUGGUCAAGUAGAAUAACUAUCUUAAAUUGUAUUGUAGUUUACGAAAGGUUCAAUCAGUAAGGCUGGUAUGAAUGCUUGCUUUAAAUUGAUCCAGUAAGCAUAGGGUAAUGUGGGGUAACUAGCCCCCCCUAAGAAAAAUGUCCAAUUGCUGACACAAAAAAGCAAAGUUUGGUACAAAUGAGGUAUGUUGAUGAUGGAUGGUCAUGCUUAGGCAAACAAACUAUGAAGGGACAUACAGUGCAUUCAGAAAGUAUUCAGACCCCUUGACUUUUUCCACAUUUUGUUAUGUUAAAGCCUACUCUAAAAUGUAUUAAAUAAAACAUUUUCCUCAUCAAUCUACACACAAUACCCCAUAAUGACAAAGCGAAAACAGGUUUUUAGAAAUGUUAGCAAAUUUAUAAAAAAUUAAACCUUGUUUACAUAAGUAUUCAGACCCUUUGCUAUGAGACUCGAAAUUGAGCUCAGGUGCAUCCUGUUUCCAUUGAUCAUCCUUGAGAUGUUUCUACUCUUGAUUGGAGUCCACCUGUGGUAAAUUCAAUUGAUUGGACAUGAUUUGGAAAGGCACACACCUGUCUAUAUAAGUUCCCACAGUUGACAGUGCAUGUCAGAGCAAAAACCAAACCAUGUGAGGUCGAAGGAAUUGUCUGUAGAGCUCCGAGACAGGAUUGUGUCGAGGCACAGAUCUGGGGAAGGGUACCAAAACAUUUCUGCAGCAUUGAAGGUCCCCAAGAACACAGUGGCCUCCAUCAUUCUUAAAUGGAAGAAGUUUGGAACCAUCAAGACUCUUCCUAGAGCUGGCCGCCUGGCCAAACUGAACAAUCGGGGGAGAAGGGCCUCGGUCAGGGAGGUGACCAAGAACCUGAUGGUCACUCUGACAAAGCUCCAGAUUUCCUCUGUGGAGAUGGGAGAACCUUCCAGAAGAACAAACAUCUCUGCAGCACUCCGCCAAUCAGGCCUUUAUGGUAGAGUGGCCAGAUGGAAGCCACUCCUCAGUAAAAGGCACAUGACGGCCCACUUGGAGUUUGCCAAAAGGCACCUAAAGGACUCUCAGACCAUGAGAAACAAGAUUCUCUGGUCUGACGAAACCAAGAUUGAACUCUUUGGCCUGAAUGCCAAGCGUCACGUCUGGAGGAAACCUGGAACAAUCCCUACAGUGAAGCAUGGUGGUGGCAGCAUCAUGCUGUGGGGAAGUUUUUCAGCGGCAGGGACUGGGAGACUAGUCAGGAUCGAGGGAAAGAUGAAUGGCGCAAAGUACAGAGAGAUCCUUGAUGAUAACCUGCUCCAGAGCGCUCAGGACCUCUGACUGGGGCGAAGGUUAACCUUCCAACAGGACAACGACCCUAAGCACACAGCCAACACAACGCAGGAGUGGCUUCGGGACAAGUCUCUGAAUGUCCUUGAGUGGCCCAGCCAGAGCCCGGACUUGAACCCAAUCGAACAUCUCUGGAGAGACCUGAAAAUAGCUGUGCAGAGCUUGAGAGGAUCUGCAGAGAAGAAUGGGAGAAACUCCCCAAAUACAGGUGUGCCAAGCUUGUAGCGUCAUACCCAAGAAGACUCGAUGCUGUAAUCCCUGCCAAAGGUGCUUCAACAAAGUACUAAGUAAAGGGUCUGAAUACUUAUGUAAAUGUGAGUUUUCAGUUUUUUAUUUUUAAUACAUUUGCAAACAUUUCUAAAAACUGUUGAUGAGGGGAAAAAACUAUUUAAUCCAUUUUAGAAUAAGGCUGUAAUAUAACAAAAUGUGGAAAAAGUAAAGGGGUCUGAAUACUUUCCGAAUGGCUACAGUUGACACUUAAAACAUUUUUUUUAAAUGAAAUGUUAAUUUUAGAAAAGGGCAGUUUUUCCCAAGUAAUCGAUUUUAUAAAUAUACUUUUUUCUAGGUGUCUUAUUUUAAUUAAAUAAAUCAAAUAUUUAAACAAAAUGGCAUUGCACAUCUCACUAUUAAUUUCCUCACUAUGAUGAGGUUUUGAUGUAAGGUCUUUUAAUUUUCGCACCAACUCAUGUCCAAAUCAUCCUAAAGUAUCUAAAAAAUGACUGAUUGUAUUCUGUCUCAUUCGCUGAAGUCUGUACUAGAUUGAACUGUAGUAAACUGUAUUAUAUAUGAUGACAAAUUGCAAUGACUCUUUAGAUUAGAACAAUAUUGAUCUAUUACUCCCUCCUUCCUCAGAUCGCAAGUUCAUCAUCGCCAAUGCUCGCGUGGAGAACUGCGCCAUCAUCUUCUGCAACGACGCCUUCUGUGGCAUGUGCGGGUACACGCGCGCUGAGGUCAUGCAGAAGCCGUGCACCUGCAGCUUUCUGUAUGGGCCGCACACCAAGAGGCCUGCCAUGGCCCAGAUGGCCAAGGCUCUGCUAGGCUCCGAGGAGAGGAAGGUGGAGAUCUCCCUCUACUCCAAAGAUGGUAUGACCUGA